AUGGAAAAUCUAUUAGGUAAUUUGAGUCAACCAAAAUGCGGGCAUUUGAAACAACUUUAUGAUGUUCUUCACUCUAUAAAGAAAACUCUCACAUACGGAAACAUCUCCACCAUUGACUUUGGAAACUCUGCAUCGAUUACCACUCAGACUUCAAUGAUGGUUAAGAAAUCAAAUGAAGCUGAAGAUACCCCUUCAACUCUGAAAUGGUCAUGGAGACCAAAGAACAUGGACAACUUCCUUUUGAAAGGAAAAGAAGAAUCUACACAGACACAACUAUUUGAUCAGAAAGUAGUCACUAAUGACCAAAGUGAUUAUCUAUGUACUGCUCAUGUCCUUCACGCUUUCGUCAAUGGAAAAAAUAUUGGUAAUCAACACGUUGAGAAUGGAAAAUUUAACUAUGUAUUUGAGAAAGAUGUGAAGUUUAAGUCUGGUCGUAAUGUCAUUGCUCUUCUUAGCAUAACUGUGGGACUUGCGAACUAUGGUGCUUUCUUUGAAAGUAAGCCGGCUGGAAUCACUGGACCCAUUUUUAUUACUGGAAUAAAUGGUGAUGAAACUAUAGUUAAGAACUUGUCUGCUCAUAAAUGGAGCUAUAAAACCGGUUUAAAUGGGUUUGACAACCAACUCUUUAGAACGGAAGAAAUGUCUAAAUGGUCAGUUGAAAAUGCUACAUUCAAGUCUCCCUUGGGAAAUGAUCCAGUUGUUGUCGAUCUUAUGGGACUUGGAAAAGAAGGAGAUAACACUCCAGUUUUGUUUGAAGAGAUGGGAGGAAACCAAUCGCUUGUCAGUUUCCAAACUACUAGAGUAGGAAGUGUUUGUGCUAACGUCUACGAGAAAACAAUUAUUGAGCUUUCAUGCGACAGAAAACCCGUUUUUGCCAUCAAAUUUGCAUCCUUUGGUAACCCAGAUGGCAAUUGUGGAUCUUUUGAAAAAGGAACUUGUGAAUCAAGUAAAAACACGGCUGAUAUUCUCACACAAGAAUGUGUUGGAAAAGAGAAGUGUUCCAUUGAUGUCUCAACAGAAAAGUUUGGAGCACCAGAUUGCAGUAGUGCUCCUAGAAGGCUCGCUAUCGAAGCUAUAUGUUAA